UUAAUAAAUCUUUUUAACUUUAAAACACGUUUCUAUAUUACUCGUAAUUUAAUUUAAUAAAACGAGUAGCUUUCUCGAGGUUUUCUAUUCCACGAGUUUCUCAGCUGAAGUAUCCAUGUGAUAUAUUAAAUUCCUUAGAUUAUUAAUACGUGUACAAAGUGUGUUUGUGACAGUUAACGAAGCAAAGUGAAGCGACAAACAUGAAAAAUUUAAGAAUUCCUGUGCUGUUCGCUAUUAUUCUAAUACUGGGAUGCCAUGCCCUGAAUGUCACUGCUUCCGCAAUCCCCAUGUGGGAAUUCCUCUCGAGAGGUGAGAAAAUGAGUUACUUGUUAAGGGUGUUCAGCCUGCAGGUUUCCAAGUACUGUGUGGAUUCCUCGAUGCCAGACUGCAACAAAAAUUUAUUGGUUACUGGGUUGCGGAACUUAGCUAACAUGGAUAAUAAUGUCCUCGAUAAAUUGGAUCCGUACCAACACGAUGCAAAAGGACUUAUUUGGCGUGCCAUGAUAAAAAAUGCAUAUUCCGCAAGACUCGGACACAAGCCGGAUGAAUUCUACUUCUCUAUCGGAACAGAUUCAUUAGCUAUCAGCGAUAGCGAUAUCAACGGAAUAGGAGAAGAAACAAUGGCAACACAUGAUUAUGUUCGACCAUCCUCGGAGCACACUGGUCCAUAUCUAGUUGGACCAAUGGUAAUUCGUGUAUAUCCAGAUGGACGACCGGUUGCGGAAGAUUCAACACGACCUCUACCUCAAGACGAAGAUACGGAAGAAUUCAAACACUCUAGAAUACCUUCCAUCGAGGAAAUUGAAACCGAUAAGGAUACUUUACACGAGAAACAAUUAAAGGAGAACUCGUUUACGGAGACGAAAAGUCAUCGAUUGUCUCAAGAGGGAUCUGCUCAUUUUUUGAGCAAUCACUCACCAUUUAAAAGACGACUACUCCAAGAGGUGAUCGCGAAACGUAAAAUACGAUAUCAUUAAAGAGGAUGUUGGAAAACUUGUAUCGGUAACAGAAAGUCGGGUAUCUUGAUAAUAGACAAGUGAAAAAUUUAUCGAAUAUUGAACUUAUUAGAAAUAAGGAUAAUAUAAAGGAGCACGGUUAGAAUUGUUUUUGAGAUUUGCAACUAUAAAUAAAUCGGUGUAAAGAUAUCAACGAUAAUAAAGCGUAUUUUCGAAGCGUUAUAAGUCUACUGCAGGGACAUAGCAAAUGAUUCGUUAAGUCCAAUGAAGAUAUGUUUGAAAGGGAUCAAUUUAUAUCUGUCUUUAGACUUGAAAUUAUUGUAAUUCUUUUUACAGCUUGCGUUGGAAAAUAUGUUUGUUUCAUUGAGUGUAUAACUUGAGAUUUUCGUAAGA